AUGGCCCAACCCACAAGUCACCGCGCCAUGCGGCACAUCUCACGAGCCGACAGCAUUGCCGCAGACACACCGGCAGCAACUCCUGAGCGCGCCCUUCUCGAGAAGCAGGACCUCGAGCAAUUGCACAUUCCGCCCCACUACCUCCUGCCUCCCACUUACCCCUCACCAUUCAAAGGCACACUGGAAGCCUCACUUGAUGCUCUCCUCGAGUUUGGCGCCAAAUAUACCUCCUCCAUAUCCAUCAUGGACGUGCUCCGCAAGCCCGUGUGCACGAAGACGAACUGGUAUAACCUGCUAGUCGCGACGCUGAACCUCGAGGAGAAAAAGGUGGUGGGCAGCAGCCGCCUUCUGCUGGAGGAAAUACUUUUCCUGGCCACACGAACACUGCUCCCGGAGCAGAUUGCGCAGAACAGGGCGUGUAUGUAUAAGAUGUACGAUUCCCGGAAGACGACAUCGAUGAGGAUGAGUUUGCGUUACGAUAUGUUACGCGAGUGGACAAAGCGGGGCAACAACCACUUCAUCGUCGUGGAGUCGCGUCCUCCGCUUCGCAUCUUGGGUGCGUCUGUAUCGCAAGACGACGAGCUUCACCCCGGACGGAAGCUGUUGCUGCCGAAUGUGUGGGCGACGUUGAUCCAGGCACCGCCGCAGGGGUAUCACUCACACAAGGUGAAGGAAGCGAUGAGGCAUCAUGUCACUGGCAUUGAUAAGUGGCUGAUGUUUGAGGAUGAAGAAGUCGGAGGUUGGAGUGCCAAUGUUCUUUUCCAGAUGACAAUGCAGGUGCUGUUGCAGUGGCAGUGGUUGAGGGAUAAUACGGAGCGCAUGGAGGGUAUGGAGGUGAGGAACUGGGAAGACCUGGAGGGGCCAGCGAACGAAUGCGAGUGGGUGCGAGACGACAAAAAGGCCAAGGCUUAG